AUGGACGGAUGGGCAGGUGAUCUGGUUCGGCUGGUCAAGAAGGAGGGUGACUUUGCGCUACUUCAUCCGCUCGAGCUCGCGCGGGCGGCGAGGGACUACCAAGACUACUGGCAUGGCAUCCUGUCGGGUGAGCUUCCGAGACACGAGGAAGCCUGGCUGCCUCUGGCUUCCCUGGACCUCCGCCCGGCGGCGGGGCCGCCGGAAGAGCCGCCGCAGAAGCCGUUGCCCCGAAGCCUUGGGCUCCAGGAGUUAGGCGACGUUGGAUCCGUCCUCACGGUGGUGGUUUCCACCAGCCCCUCGAGGGGCCACUGCGACGUGGGGCUCCUCCUCGCAGUGCUGCAGAGCAUCCAGGACUGCGCGGGACUGGGAGGUUGCCGGAAGCUCCUGGUCUUCGAUGCCCAUGCGGAGAACCUGGACCAAGUCGCUGACAGCGGCCUGGCGUGGGUUGCGGACGGCUCAGCGCAGCUCAGGAACGACUACCAGAACUACGUGCGAGCCCUGAAGGAGGCGAGCGAACAGCGGCAUCCCGCCAUGCAUGCGGUGGAGCUCCUGCAAAUGCCCCAGUGGGGUCAUCUUGUCGGAACUGUCCGGCAUGCCAUGGAACACGUCACUACGCCCCUGGUGAUGCUUCACCAGCACGACCUUCUUCUGAGGCCCAACAUGACCCAGAGCCAGCUGCUCGGGUCGCUUCGGCUGCUCCUUGCUGGCCGCGCGAACUGCGUCCUUCUGAAUCGUGACGUAAACUUUGCCAAGCGCUCGACGCAGUACUUGCUCUCGCCCUUCUGGCGCCCGGACUUGUGGAGGGUCUUCUGCAAGCAGCAUGCCCUAGCAGAGGAAAGGGAAGAAGGCACAGGGAUGGCACUGAGUCCUUUUGUAGGCUACAGCGAUCAGAGCCAGUUCGUGCGGGUGGACUGGCUGCAAGAGCGGGUGCUGCGUCCGGUGGCUCGGCGUAAGUGCUGCAUGGAGUUCGUGGUGCACGAGCUGAUGAUCCGCAGCUGGCUUCACAACCCAAGCGACUGGCAGGGCACCUACAUGCUGGGUGACAUGGAGGAGGGGCCCUUCAUCUUCGACACGCAGAAGAACGGGAAUGCCUGGGCACGAGAAGACGUGGCGUACAGCGAGGAGAACAUGGAGGCUUUCUACGUGCCCCCGGCCGAACGGCUAAGAUGUCGCGGAGAUGACAAGCUCUGUCUAUCCUUGUACAUCUACCAAAGGCCCGGGGGCAGCGGCGUUCUGUACGUUCCCGACACGGCGGGCGACGAGAACAGGGAGUCGCGGGACCUCUACAGCCCGGAAAAGGCGAAAGAGCAUGGGAGCUUGAUCGGUGCCAUCGGAUGCAUGCCGAAGGAUUGCGCGUGCCGCUACCACGUCACCCUUGCGGAUGACCUCCAUCGCCUCGAGCUCCUGCAGAUGUUUCAGAUGGUGACCAAGAUCUUGGACGCCAUUCCAGGUUAUGACUCCGUAGCCUUGAACGAGAACGUGCGCGAUUUCUUUCUCGUGUGGGUGGAGAGCACGAAGAAGGUGGACAUCGCCCAGCUUCGCGAAAGUGCUCUUGCGGGCCUGGAGAGCAAGGCGGGCGAAGCACCUAUCAAACUCUGCGUGAAAACAGCUGGGCCGCAAUGGUUGGGUGGGCAUGGAGGCUUCAUGUGGGUAAAGAAGCCCGGGAAGAAGCCAUAUGAUGCACUCUACAUCCAUAUGUUGAGGUUGAAGUUCCCGGACAAGUGGAUGAAUCACUACGGUGACAGCCGGGACCACUCGCCGUGCCUCUUCAGCAUCUGCGACCCCUACCACCAGUUCCAGCCCGACUAUUUCCACACCACCGUCCCCAGAUUCUUCGACCGAAACGGAGAGCUGGACGAUGAGGUUGGCUUCGUCCAGUGCCCCCUCUACUUCCAUGCGCUUGAGGAGGAGUUGGACUACCUGGACGGCAACAACGCCAACUUCUUCCGCUUCCACAGCAUGAUCCAGAAUUGCUGCGGAGGCGUGAGCGCCUGGGCCACCAACAGCACGCGGUUGCUCAACAAGGAGGCUGAGGAGGCACUCUGGGUCACGGAGAGGUCUCGGGUGAGGUUGGGCAACAAGCAGAGGACCAGACAGAUGAUUGAGCGGAAGUACUUCCCCGAGACCUGCAAGGUGGAGCACAUCGCCAGCAGCGUGAACGAAGUGCUGAACGGCCGGCGCUCCCACUUCAUCAACAGGCGUCUUUCGUAUGGCGUCUCGCGGAGCGGCACGGAGGCUCUGGCCUCCAUGCAGCAGUGGAAGGAGGGCCAGGUCGUGUUUUGGUUCCAGUCCUUCUUCGGACAUCAGGGUGUCACGCUCUGGCUGACCCUGCUCUUCUUGGUGUACUUCCUGGUGCGGCUCUGCGUCCUGGUCAGCAACACCACAUCGCGGCCGCUCGUGUUCCGGCUGGGCCUCCUGGACGAUGAGCUGCUGACGCCCAUCAUGGAUCUUUUCAAGGAGUUUGUUGAUCUGGUCGGUGCCAGUGCCUACUUCGAGAAUAAGCCUGCCUUGAUCAACAUCUAUGUGGUGAUGCUGGCGGAGUUUGCAUUUUGGCUGGGAGGCCUCGUCGUUUUCCUGCUCCUGGUCUUUCUUGUGACGGAGUGCCUGAAGGCCUGCACAGCCUUCGGCUGCGUGUCUUGCGACUGGGUGCCCAAUGAAAUGCGGCACUGGGCCAGGCUUCUGAUACGCAUGCACCAGACGUCCGGAUGGGUGUGGUGGUGGCUUCCGUUCUUUUGGAUAGGCUUCAACUUUUGGAACGUUUUUGCGGGGCAAAGCUACCACUUCAACCGCCUGGGCAUGUUCCUCUUCAUCAUCGCGCUGCAGUUCCUGAACUGGGGCAUGGUCGUCUGGGCCUCCUUGCGGAGCUCGCUGCAGGCGAGCCUGGAGACGAACGAGGUGAUCUUCCUCUCCAUGGACAGCAUCUGGCGCUCGACGCAGAGCUUCUAUGUCACGGCGCCAGUUCAGGUCUACGCCAUCAUCAAAGCCUUAGAGGAUUGGGUGCGCUACCACUUCUAUGGCGAGGACAUCACGUUCCAGCGUGCUUCGGAGACCCGACACCAGCGGGCGGAGACGUCGAUCAUGCUCAUCAAGUACUGGACGCUGUUGCUCAUAGCAGGUGCUAUUGGGGCGUGGGUCCACUACUCGCUUGCAACAAGGGUUGGCAACGGGGCCUUGGCCUCCUGCAUUGUGGUCACCCUGAUUGCCCUGGACUGCGUCCAUCCGUGUGCCUACCUUUGGGUGGGGCAGUCCAAGCACAUGGCGGACGAGCAGGCGUAUAGCCUCUCCUGGUUACAGGCUUGCCUGUCACCUGCGUGGUGGUCAAGGUGGCUCUCGAUCCUCAUCUUGAACAGGACGCUGACAAGAAUCAUCAAGUGGCUCGGUCCGAUCUCCUUCGUGGUGUUACCUUGGUUGAUCCUGGUAGGCAUGCCUUACAUGGGCAUCAACCUGGCAUUCAUGAUGCUCUUAGGCGCCACAUCGACUUAA